UUUGGCUUCAACAAUAACAAGAACAAAAAUAACACGGUUGUUCCUCAUACUAAGCGGUUUCAAUGGGGGAGCAUUAUGAGUGCUGUGAAACCAAGUUCUUCAUACGCAUUCUGACAGUAGCACUGCUUGUUAUAUUCGCUGGAUUGAUGUCAGGCCUUACCUUAGGCCUCAUGUCAUUGAGUCUUGUUGAUCUUGAAGUCCUUGCUAAGUCUGGUACCCCACUUGAUCGCAAGCAUGCUGCGAAGAUAUUGCCUGUUGUCAGAAAUCAGCACCUAUUGCUUUGCACCCUUCUAAUUUGUAAUGCUGCAGCCAUGGAGGCACUUCCAAUAUUUCUUGAUAGUCUUAUUGAUGCAUUUGGUGCGGUCCUCAUUUCAGUGACAUUGAUUCUUUUGUUUGGUGAGAUUAUACCCCAAUCAAUUUGUUCAAGAUAUGGUUUAGCAAUUGGUGCAGCAGUGGCUCCAUUUGUCCGUGUUCUGAUGUGGAUAUGUUUUCCUGUUGCCUAUCCUAUCAGCAAGCUGUUGGACAUCGUGCUAGGGCAUCGUCGUCAAGCUCUUUUCCGCAGAGCUGAGUUGAAAACACUUGUAAAUUUGCAUGGUAACAAGGCUGGGAAAGGUGGGGAACUGUCACACCAUGAAACAACAAUCAUUUCUGGGGCACUUGAACUCUCUGAGAAGACAGCCAGUGAUGCCAUGACCCCUUUAGCUGAAACAUUUUCUAUUGAUAUUAAUUCAAUUUUUGAUAGGAAUCUGAUGAAUCUAAUAUUGGAGGAAGGGCACAGCAGAGUCCCUGUCUAUUAUGAGGAUUCUACAAAUAUUAUUGGACUUAUCCUGGUCAAGAAUUUAUUGACAAUUGACCCAGAAGAUGAAACACCAGUGAAAAAUGUGACCAUACGCAAAAUACCAAGGGUACCAGAAAUGAUGCCACUGUAUGAUAUUUUGAAUGAGUUCCAAAAGGGCCAUAGCCACAUGGCCAUUGUUGUUAGACAUUGUGACAAGACAGGGCAGCAAUCUUCCAAUGACAUUGUAAGAGAUGUGAGGGUGGAUAUUGAUAGGGAGAAGCCUUCCCAAGAGAGAAUGUUGAGAAUUAGGAGACAACUCCAUGCGAGGAAAAGCUAUAGAUAUGCAAGUAAUUCGUAUAGGAGUGGUUCUAUGAGCAAAAAAUGGUCAGAGAAUAUGUACUCAGACAUUGUGGAAUUAGAUGAAAAUUCACUUCCAAAGCUUCCCCCAAAAGAAGAAGAAGCUGUUGGAAUAAUUACAAUGGAAGAUGUCAUUGAACAGCUUUUGCAGGAGGAGAUCUUUGAUGAGACAGAUCAUCAUUUUGAAGACUCUUAACUUGACAGUGUUCUUUCAAUAAAACCAAUUGCCUUUUACAUUCUUCUCUUGGUGUUUAGAUUCAUACUUUGGGGCAUCUGGAUUCUGGAAUGUGACUAGCCAUUACACAUACAACUAAUUAAAAUUUAGAAGAUUUAGAUAACAUCAAAAGAAAAAGUUCAUGUAAGGAUGUAUUAUUAUUGUAAUAUAUUUUGAGCUUUUAAUUGAUUGUGUCUAUAGACACUUGUGCUUAUUGUAUGCUCACAACAAAUUUUCUU